AGCCAUGUGACGCGCCGCCGCUCGCAGGAGCGCCGCGCUGUAGAGCGGUGAUGGAUUUUGACGAGCGGAUCUCGCUCGGGUCGAACAUGUACCUGCCCAGCUGCACCUACUACGUCUCCGGGACGGACUUUCCUCGCCUCCCCUCUUUUCUUACCCAGACCCCGAACUCCUGCCCCGUCACCUACUCCUACUCGCCUAACCUGCCGCAAGUCGCCCCUGUGCGUGAGAUUGCGUUCAGGGACUACAGCAUCGACUCCUCCAGCAAGUGGCACCACCGCGGGGACCUGCCUCACUGCUACUCCGCGGAAAACAGGGUCCACAGGGACUGUCUGCCUCCCGCGGCGGCUGGGGAAGUGUUCGCCAAAAACAGUCCCUCCACUGGCUGCCAUUCGGGCUCUAACGCGGCUUCCAGUUUCUACUCCAGCGUAGGCAGGAACGGCGUGCUGCCGCAAGUGUUCGACCAGUUCUUGGACUCCGCGUACGGAAACGCCGAAAAUCUGACCGACGUAUUCUCAGGGGGGAAGGACGUCGACAAAGUGACGGCUCCAGCGCCCGGUCCGUGCCGCCAGACCGAAGUGAAGGACCGAGGGGAGAGCCCGGAACCGGAGGCCGCUUCCGGCAACAGUGGGCAGAGAUCGCGUAAAAAGAGAUGUCCCUACUCUAAGUACCAGCUGAGGGAGCUGGAGCGGGAGUUUUUCUUCAGUGUCUACAUCAACAAAGAGAAGCGAAUGCAUCUCUCCAGAAUGCUGAACCUCACCGACCGCCAAGUCAAGAUCUGGUUCCAGAAUCGGAGGAUGAAGGAGAAGAAACUGAACCGAGAGCGGCUGCAGUACUACAGCACAAACCCGCUGCUUUAG